GAGUCAGCUGGGCUCAGCUUCAAGGGGACCAGGGACACAGCUGCUGUGACAAACUAGGAGACAAUUAGGGUCUGGGCAUCUUCUCAUAUUGGAGAGUGUUGGUAGGCCUCUACCCUCUUCAGCUAGCCAAGCUCUGAAAGACAGAGUCAGCCACAGAACGAGAACAACCCAAACCACUGCCUGCUACCCACCACUCCCCUGGCUGGACCAAGGGGGCUCAGGGGGACCAUGGCCAGUAUAGAAUCCUCGCUGCUCACAACUCCAGGCCCCAGCUCAGACCCUGGCAACAUUGAGGUGGAGCUGAACUGCCAGUUUGAUGAGGAGUUCAAGUUCAUCCUGCUGCCUGUGAGCUAUGCAGUUGUCUUUGUGCUGGGUCUAGGCCUCAAUGCCCCGACCCUCUGGCUCUUCGUCUUUCACCUCCGACCCUGGGAUGCGACAGCGACCUACAUGUUCCACUUGGCCUUGUCAGACACUUUGUAUGUGCUGUCGCUGCCCACCCUCAUCUACUAUUAUGCGGCCCGCAACCACUGGCCCUUCAGCACUGAGCUCUGCAAGUUCGUCCGCUUCCUCUUCUACUGGAACCUCUACUGCAGCGUCCUUUUCCUCACCUGCAUCAGUGUGCACCGCUACCUGGGCAUCUGCCACCCACUGCGGGCCCUGCGCUGGGGCCGCCCUCGCCUUGCCAGCCUUCUUUGCCUGGCUGUUUGGUUGGUUGUUGCCAGCUGCCUUGUGCCCAACCUGUUCUUUGUCACAACCAGCAUCAACGGAGACACCAUCCUGUGCCAUGACACCACUCGGCCUGAGCAUUUUCACCACUAUGUCUACUUCAGCUCAGUAGUCAUGGGGCUGCUCUUCGGUGUGCCCUGCCUGGUCACUCUUGUCUGCUACGGGCUCAUGGCCCGGCGCCUGUAUCGGCCUUUGCCAGGGGCUGCCCAGUCGUCCUCUCGUCUGCGUACUCUCCGCACCAUUGCAGUGGUGCUGACUGUCUUCGCUGUCUGCUUCGUGCCUUUCCACAUCACCCGCACCAUUUAUUACAUGGCGAGGUUGGUGGACGCUGAUUGCCGGGUGCUGAACAUUGUCAACGUGGUCUACAAAGUGACCCGGCCUCUGGCCAGUGCCAAUAGCUGCCUGGAUCCUGUGCUCUACUUGCUCACUGGGGACAAGUACCGAAGGCAGCUUGGGAUGCUCUGCAGCGGUGGCACCCCACGGCCCCCCAAGGCUUCCUCUUCCCUGGCAUUGGUGUCUCUGCGUGAGGAUAGCAGCUGCAGGUGGACAGCCACCCCCCAAGACAGUAGCUGCCCUACCCCUAGGGAAGAUAGAUUGUAACACUGGAAGCCUGGAAGGGAGAGAAGAGGCGGUGAGUGCAGGGCAGAGGUCCCUAAUGGUCAUACCUUAUAUACCUGCUUCCUCCUCUUUCCAGGCUCUGGUAAGAGACCCUCCCCCUGAGGGUUAGGGGCAGCCAAGAAAAUCACGAGUUACCCCAUCUUUCAUAAAUCCUUCAGGUGCCUCUACUUUUUAGCCAAAGGCAGUAGGUAGCACCCACUCUUUCUCCCCUACUUCUUUCUUUUUGUUUCUGCCCCAUUCCUGGGACCAUUGGUCCUAUUUCUUAAUCCUACAAGGCUUCCUGGAAAGCUUCCCCAGGCCUCCUUCCCCCUCCUUUCCCCGCACAUCCUUGUAGAGCGUGAGUUCUCCACCCAGACCAGAGCAUGCGCCUGGAGCAGUGGAGAAGCUGGGGUAAUCUCAGGACUGGCCUCACUCAUCUGAUGGAGACUGCCAGAAUCGGGAGGCCGGGGAACUGGCAUGUCACAAAUGCUAAGGAUGGGACAUAUGUGACAGCCACACCCACUUCCUGGUUUCCCCCUUGAAGGCAGGAUAACCUGACCUACUGAGAUGCUGAAAUAGGGCACAGUCCCAGAAAGCCCACAUGCCACGGCCCCCACAUGCAGCUGGAGGCAUGGCUCUGUUGACCUGGUGUGUAGCCACUACAUAGAGAGGGAACCCCGAGUCUCACCAUGGCUUGGGGACUCUGAAGAGCCUCGGGGACAGGGUGCAAGCUGAUAAGAGCCUUUGGAACAGGAAUGAGACUGCCCCUCCUUUGUGAUGUUUGCUCAGAGCAUAUUGACAGUUCUGCUGUAUGUAAUGAAAGGAACAGUAAAUGGUUCAGGGUGAAAGGGAGGAGCUUUCACAUGCUGGAUGUAAGUUCCAGCAUCAAGGGGUAGAGCAGGUUUGUACAGAGGUAGUAGGUGGUGACGGGGAUCAACGCCAGAGCUGGUCCUUCACUGGUUGCUCCCUUUUCUCUAGCUCCUGUCCUACAUAAAGAACAAAUCUGUCGCCGGCUCUUUCAGAACAGGCUUUAGGGUGUUGAGGCUAGAGCAGGGCACUGGGACUGGGAUAGGCCCCCUCCGAGUCUCCCAUCGAGUCACCCGCCCCCUCCCAGCUCCAUCUUAGUUCUUACAGGCUUCUGGCUAUGGGGUGUGGUGUGGAACUUGGGGCACUAACUCCCAAGCCUUGGGAAGUAAGAGUUUCUGGGCAGGCCUUUGUGACAAGAGUGGGCUCACUCUUCUAGGCACCCCCUUUCUGAAAUCACCUUCCAGCCCGUUGGCCUCUGGAGUCUUCAGCCUUCUUUUUGUUUUACCCUACCCUUGCUGACCUGUCUCUGAUCUCUUAGUUGUCUAUUAGUUCACUAGGUCUUACUAAGUCUCUUUGGAGAGUAAGGUUGGGACCGGUGUGCAGGGAGGAAAAAAUGAGUUCCAUUUCUGAGUCCCCCUUUGGAUUCUUUUAGUGUGCCCUCUUCCCCACCCCACCCCUGCCAGAUAUCCAGGACCUGCUUGCUCCCCAGGGACCCCUUCCUUUUGGAGUAAAUGAACUGGCCUUCUUACUAGCUUCCCAGUCUCAUGGCCACUGCCUAAACAGCUACACACCCUGUCCUUAUCUGCAACUCACUCUCUUUUAUUCCUAUGACCACAGCCUCCUUGCCCAUCAUCUCUCCUACCCACAAGUGCCACCUAGGAAAGCUGCUCUCUCCAUCACAACUGACCUGGCCUCCUAUAUACUUAAAUGAGACUAAUUGCCCAGACUUUGUGGUCUCCUACUUUAUGGCUGCCUUCGCUCUCACCCUAACUUUAGUUAAACACCUUGAUUUUCCCCUUGAGCCCAUCUUCUCCACUCUCUAGACUGGAGGGGACUGCAGAUGAAGCCAGAAAACAAGGAUGGCUUGACCCACUGACAUUUCUUGUCUUGGGAUUUCAUCUAAGCCCCCAUCCCUCUAAGCCUGCUGAAUUCCUAGUGAACAUUCCAGAGUGACUGCCCUGAUUUCAUCCUACUUCACGAUCUCUUAAGAUUUACCUCACCUACCCUGGCUGGUGUGGCUCAGUGCAUUGAGCGCUGGCCUGCGAACUGAAAAGUCACUUGUUUGAUUCCCAGUCAGGGCACACGCCUGGGUUGUGAGCCAGGUCCCCAGUGCGGGGUGUACAAGAGGCAACCAAUCAAUGUAUCUCUUGCACACUGAUGUUUCUUGCUUUCUCCCUCCCUUCUGCUCUCUCUAAAAGUAAAUUACUAAAAUCUUAAAAAACAUACACAAGAUUUACCUCACCUCCUCCAAAACUAAGAUCAAAUACCUCAACUUCCUUCUGCUUCAUUUAUGCUAACUCUACUUCUAUAUCCAUCUUGUCUUUCUCCCUUCUUUCCCUGCAGCCCCAGAAGAAGAGGACUCCCUCUUGUUCACUCUUUUAUCUUUCUUCAUCCUUUUCAGUCUCUUACAUAACUGAUUUCACCUGUCUUCACACACACACACACACACACACACACACACACACACACACACAAAUGAAAAUAAAGCAUUCCCAAUGAUACUUUGACCCUGCUGACUCCUUUAGCUACCAUUCUCUUCAUCUUAUUCAUUUCACUGUCAUUACUAGAAAGAACCCCAAAACCCUUUUUUCCUCACCAGAAAAUCACCCCUUAGCUCUCCUAAUCUGGUUUCCUUCCUACACUUUUUUUUUCUAGCUAGAGGAACACAAAUUACCUCAUAAGCAAAACCUUCAGUGAUCUUUUCUCUGCUUUUAUCACCUUUGACUUCCCGAGGAUGUUCUUGCUGCAUGUCCUCUUUAAAUUUUUUUUUUAUAAAAGCAACACUAAAAAAGUUCCACUAUGACAAAUUCAAGGAAAUUUUGGGAGAAAAUAAUCACCUACACUUUCAAACCCUAGACAAUUGUUUUCAUUUUCUCAUGUUCCACACUUUUUCUGUUUGCGUAAUACGUACAUAUAUAUUUUAUAUGUGUAGAUAUCAUGCACAUAUGUUUUUAAAUUCUGCAAACACAUGUUAUCAUAAAUACUCUCUUUGUGCUACAGUCUUUCAUAUUUAUCAUUUCAGUGGCUGCAUAAAAUUACAUCCACAAGCAGAUUAUAUUUUUUCGACUAUUCCCUUAUUAUUGGACAUUUAGGUGACUCCCAAUUUUUCUGUGCUUUGAAUAUCUUAAUGCAUGUGGCUUUUUUCCUCUUUGUAAUCCUGUUCCUAGGAAAGGUUCCCAUAUGGAGUGGGAUUACCAUAUCAAAGAGCAUGAAUAUUUUUAUGGAUCUUGAUCCUCAAGAGGACUGCACCAAUUUGUAAUGCCAUAAUGACACAUGAGUGUUCCAGUUCCCUUGCUGCUCUAGCAUUGGGCUUGAUACAUCUUUUUGGAUGGUUUGAACAUUAAUUUGUUAAUUUAAUGUCUUUGGCUACUCACGAGAUUGAACACUUUCCCAUAGAUUUACCAUUUGCACUUCCUCUUGUGUUAAUGGUCUGUUCGUAUCCUUCUUCGACUGGCAUCUUCAUGGUAUUCUUAUAUAUUAAAUAUGUCCUUUAAUAUAUUUAUUAACCAAAUAUAAAUGUUUCUUCCAUUUAUUGUAGUACCUUUUAUUUUAGUUUCUCAUUUUAUCCCCCUGAUUUAAAAUUUCUCUCCUCUGACUUUUAUCUCUCUCAUUACUUCCUCUCUCUUGGCUGGCUUCUCUCUAUCAUUUACUCCCUAAAGUAAACAGAAUUCCAAGUUCUAUCAUAGAGCAUUUGGGAGUUAUUUAAUCCCCUCCCCCAUCUGGCCCUUGAUUUUCUCUUGGAGAGAACAUAUAUACGCGUGAGUACAAUUCAAUUGACUCAUAGUCUUUGAGAGUACCUCAGAAAUCUUCUAGGGCCUGGGCAGCCCCUCACUUUACAGAGGACAAAACGAGCCCAGAGAUAUGACUUGCCUGUGACUUAGCAAAUUAGUGGCAGAGAAGGAACUAAGACUCAAGUCCCCUGAAUCCCAGAGAUCCUUCCAUUACACCAUGUUCUAGGCCGAACUUCCUCCCAAAUCCACUUCUAAUCCAUCAAUUGCCCACUGGACAGUUUCGCUUGGAUCUUUCACUAUUAUUUCCAACACAAGGUGUGAAAAACUAAACUCUCUGAACAAGUUUCCCUAUGUGUCUUACUUAUUUAUGUUCAUAGCAUUUUCUUUCCUCAAGUCACCUAAGCUUGCAAACUCUCAGGCAACAUGAACUCUUCUCCCUCCCUGUUCCAUGAGAUUCUGACAUUUCUUUCUUCAUCAUGUCAAUUACAAUUGGCCUUCUUUUAUGGUUCCACUGCUACCAUUCUAAUACUGUCUCUUGUCACUUUAGCCUUGACUGACUGUCCCAGUCUCCUAACUAGUCUUCCUGACCUCCAGUCUCUCCUCACAGGAAUGCUUUCUACACAACACAUAUUGCCAAAUUCAUUGGCCCAAACACUGCUUUCACGGUUUUGCUGUAUUACUCAAAACUCUUUGAUGUGUCCCCCAUGUGUACAGGACAAGUUGAAAUUCUUCAGUUAGAUAUUCAAGAGGGCGUUUUCAGUCUUAUUUUCCAUUCUUCCCUAAUACAAAUCUCUCUUCUUCAGCUUAUUUCAUCUCCUCACUCUUUCUCUGAAGAAGACUUGUGCUUUCUCACCUCUGUACCUUUAUUCUCCAUCCCCCACUAGAAUGCUUUCCCUUUCUUCUCCCACUUUUUCCUACCUCAUUUCCAAGGCCAGGCUUAAGUUCCACUUCCUCUUUGAGUCCAUCUCUGUAGUCUCUCACCCAGUGAACUUUCUGGUCACUCCUACAGUUAUUGCUAUCUACAUUGGUCAUUUGGAACCUUUAUUGUCUUUUGCUGUUACUUAUACUAAUAUCUUGAAUUGCUGUUUACUGUAUUUUACCAUGUAUAAUGCACACUUUUUUGCCCAAAUUUUUGAGAGAAAAAUAAGGGUGUGCA